AUGGAGGCCGUGGAAACGCAUGUUCGCCCGCUUAAUCUUUUUAUGUGGGGCACACCAGUGGAGAAGUUGCCCCCCAUCGGUACGAAGUGUGGUCGCUUUGCCGAUAUGUGGCGGUUUCUUGAAGCCCUCGACACGAGCUUUGAUCUCAUUCUGAGGGAGUGUCAGGCGCUUUGGGAGCAUCCGGUGUUUGCCAGCUACCGACAGGAACCGAUCUGCCAGUGCGUCUUGAACAAGCACCAAUUCAAUGUGCUGCGGUACGGGGUGGUGCUAGAUGUCGAACAGCGUCUGGUGUUGCUGGAAGCACCGCGCGACUGUGCAGAUUCCGGCGAAAAAAUUAAGCGAGAGCGCAAUGCAGUCCUCCUGUUGAGCAGCCAAGACAUUACCAACCCAUCCUUUGAGCACUCCCUAAUGCGGGAGUACAACCUCGUCGUAAUUCAGCUACCAAGUGAGGCUGAGGUGGAGCGAAAUAAGGAUAGUUACCCAAAGCCCAAACUUCUCUUCCGGCUUGUGUUUCGCAACGAGGCCUACCUGGAGGCAAUGUUGGCCUCCAAGUGUGAUAUGUUCCCUUUAUUCCGUCUUCACGGGGUGUUUGUAUCGUAUCAUUACUAUGAUAUAGUGAAAGAUGCUCGCCGCAGCCAUGUAAUCGAUUCAUCUGACGUUAAACCCACUGCACAACACGCAGCAUCCUUCUCAGCGGAGCAUAAAACGCUCGUGCAACUCUUGGAUGCGUGGGUAAAAUUAAAUGAGGGAAUUAUCCCCGAUUGGGAUACAGAAGAAAGCAUCGGUGUCGAUCUAGUAACUCUUUUCUCCCUUCAGGACUUGGUGGGUGGCGGCGUGCUGACACAAAAGACAGACAUCGCACGAACAAACGACGAACACCUUCCGCAACUGGACAGGAGAAUUCGUUUGAAUUAUAUCAGUAACGCGCCGCGUCUACAGGGGCGCAUUCAGAUCGUUUCGAGAGAGCCUGGUAUUAUCCAGAAAUGGCGCGCUGGUGCCUUUAAUUUGUCAUACUAUGACAUCCAAAAAGUAUCUGAAAACCACGUGGAACUGCGCGAGAAUCAUACGAACUGUGUGCGUAUGAUUCUUCGUCCGUCCCGAUCUGCAGAAAACACCCUCCAAGAUGGCGAAAUAUGCGCCUUCAAACCGCACGAAAGCACCUAUGUGAAUUUGCAACGUGUGUAUCGCACCCCCGCGGCCGAAUGUCUUCGACUUUGGAUUCUAAAAGGACUCAUAACCGCCGAGCUCCACAAUGUUCACGCGCUGCUGCUGGAGCUGGAUUCUUUGCAGGUCCUUGGCCAGUGUGCAGGCAUUUUAUGGGAUACCGAUGAGUCCAGCACGGAGCAUUGUAGUAACGAGGCGAAGUUCCACGUGUGUAAAAUUGUCCUGGAGACGAUUGAGGAUUAUCUCCAACACAGUGGUGUGAUCUGGCAGGUAACUCUGGCCGUCUUCAAAGAGCCCCGUUUCCAAAUGGUUGAGGUCUGUCGCGACAUUCUCCGCACGAUUCAGGAAAGCAAAGCGCGUCGUGAGUUGGACUUGUAUGCGGAGUAUCAUCGUGAGCUGAAGGUGCAGGAAACGGAAAACAAGACUCUGAACCGGAAUCAGCAGCAGGCCUCACCUGACGAGGCUCUGGUGGUCGCACAAAACGCCUCCGCUGCGCUCGCCCCGUACAACCCUGCUGCGGUUGCCCUAUUACCGAGAAAUUUGUUUCUUAAGCCUACGACGUCAUCUCAGAUUCUGGAGAAGGCUGAGCGAGACGGACUCCGGAUUAGUGACGCAACGCUUUACCCCAUCUUCAAAAAGCUUUGCAAGCCACGUGCCGAUUCCAUCCCAGUGAAGGAGAUUGUGCAACUUCUCGUGGAUAAAUUGGAUGAAAAGGGAGAAAAUGUUAAAAAGUUCUUUUUUGAGAAGCACCCCUUGUUGGUCUUGGACCAUUGCGGUAUUCCAUCAGAUGAAAAGCGUGUGGAGCGGUUCGUGAUGGGGUUUUGCCUAAAGAAAUACACAAAGAAAUGUUCUAUCUCGCCAUGCGAGGUUUGUGGUGCACCAAAAGAAAAACCCCCUGCACUGAGCUACGUUGAGUUCUCAAUGAUGAUGCUUGCGUUCGCGUACCUGUAG